AUGUCCGGCAUGUUCAAGAGUCCUUUCGGGGCUAACGCCAACCCUUUCAGAGGCCCCAGCGAUGGAGCCCCGGCGGGAGGCAACGCCAUUCAUCGAGUAAUCGAAGAAGAGGAGAACGACACUGUCACGUCUCCUACAUCACCAAGCUUCGGCAUGAAUUCUGGUUCAAUGUUCAGCGGCCCAUUCGGUGGCGACGCUGUCAACGAUGCCCCGCCGUCUGCGCUUAGAAGUCCACCGAAUCCCGAGAGCUAUCCCGCCCAAUACAACUUUGGCCGCCGAACCUCGGUCUCGGCCGAGUCUUUGAAGCCUAGCGCAGACACGUACGAUAACUGGUCACCUCCUCACCACGAAAAAAGCAAGGAACAACUGGGACGUCUGCAGACUGCCAUCGAAGGCAACUUUCUCUUCAGCCAUCUUGACGAAGAGCAGAGUUCCCAAAUUCUGGGUGCGCUCAACGAAAAGCCGAUUCCUGCCAAGGACAUUAAGGUCAUUAGUCAGGGUGACGCCGGCGACUUCUUCUACGUAGUAGAGAAGGGAUCUUUCGACGUAUACGUCAAUAACAGUGGUAACUUGCAGCCUGGCCCCGAGGGCAUGGGUCAAAAAGUCGGAACCAUCCAGGCUGGAGGUUCGUUUGGUGAACUCGCUCUGAUGUACAAUGCUCCGCGCGCUGCAACCGUCAUCUCUGCCGAGCCUGGAUGUACUCUCUGGGCGCUUGACCGUCUCACUUUCCGCCGCAUCCUCAUGGAGUCGACAUUUGCUCGGCGGCGAAUGUACGAGAGUUUCCUUGAAGAGGUGCCUCUGUUGCAGAGCCUCACGCCAUACGAGCGAUCCAAAAUCGCCGAUGCGCUGGAAACUCAAAAAUACGCACCGGGGGCAACGAUCAUCAAGGAAGGCGACCCUGGGCACUCAUUCUUCCUCCUAGAGAGCGGUGAAGCCGAUGCAUACAAAGGUGACAGCAAAGAAUCCGUAAAGCACUACAGCAAGGGAGACUUCUUCGGCGAGCUUGCGCUUCUGAACGACGCCCCUCGCGCCGCUAGCAUCGUUGCCACGACGGAUGUCAAGGUCGCAAGCCUCGGCAAGAACGCCUUCCAGAGGCUUCUUGGUCCUGUUGAAGGCAUCAUGAGACGGACAAAGUACGAAGGCGUCAAGACUGGUGUCGAAGAGAUGGAUCCGCUUCAAGCAGCUUAA